GCGGUGCUACUUCCUGGAAUCUUCUUGUGUUAUGUCGGACUUGUAACUCGUGAGAAAGGCCCCGCGCCAAAACGCGCUGGUGAAGUAAAGAAGAGUCUCGCUGGAGGCAAUGAGGACAACCUACUCCUGGAGGUUAGUCAGGUUACUGACCGUUUCAGCUGUUCUCGUCCUGUCUGCCCAGCUCUUAGUGAGUAGCCUGAGCAAACAUCUACCAAAGCCAAGCCCCCUUACUGUGGUGGAGGACAGGCUCCUGUCCCCUGAAACAUACCAGUAUAUUCUCAACCAGCCCGCGGUAUGCAGGGACAGAAGCCCCUUCCUGUUUUUUAUGGUCCCAGUUGCCCCUGAGGAGGCUGCAGCAAGAGAGGCCAUCAGGAACACAUGGGGUGCUCCAGGUCAGGACACCCUCACUCUGUUCUAUAUGGGGCUCGUUGGGGGGGGGCAGGUGUCAAGCAUCCAGGGCAAGCUGGAGGACGAGAGUAGGAAACAUGCAGACAUCAUCCAGAUGAACUUCCAGGACAGUUACCAGAAUCUGACAAUCAAGAUCAUGAUGAUGAUGAACUGGCUGGCAACCUACUGCCCAAACGCCUCCUACGUCAUGAAGGUGGACGCUGACAUCUUUGUGAAUGUGUUCUACCUCAUCAGUUGGCUGAGGGGCUCUGCACGGCAGGGCUUCAUCACAGGAUCAGUGAUAAGCGAUGGCAGGCCGAGGAGGGACAGUAAUAGCAAGUGGUAUCUAUCAGAGGAGGAGUACCCUGAAGACAGUUUCCCCCCAUACGUGUCUGGAGCUGGGUAUGUCUUCUCUGCAGACCUGGCCGGCAGGAUCUCCUGGGCGUCCAGGUUCGUCCGGAUGGUGUCUAUGGAGGAUGUCUAUGUGGGGUUAUGUCUGCGUGUGCUCGGUGUCCGGCCGGUGUAUUCCCUCGGCCUGCUGACCCUCAGGAAUCUGUUUGAAAUAAGAAAUCUAGAGUACAACAGGUGCACCUUUGCCAAACUCAUCAUUGUGAACGGGUUUAAGCCAUCGAAGCUGCUGCAUGUUUGGCAGGAUUUCUCCAAAGGCCAUAGCAGCUGCUGACAGUACAGUUUACCGAGUGCCUCACAGUUAAGACUAACAUGGGAACUUGAAGCAAGGUUGAAAAUAACGAAAUAGUAGCCUGGUAUAAAGGAAAGAAAGCCAUUACAUACACAGCCAUGGGGUGGGGAUGUUCAGGUUACAGGGUGAUGGUGUAUAGUAGUAUUAGGAAACAUUAUUCAAAUAUUCAAAUGAAACUAGCAGAGAAUCACUCUCUAAUCAAAUCUUUAAACUUAAACUCUCUGGUUGCACCUUCUGUGAUUCGAUGACUUGCUGCGUGUCUUUCUUUUUAUAAUAGCUUUACUUCAAGAUCUUUGUGGUCAUAUUCGGUUUACCAUCCCGCAAGAGAAGCAACAGAUCCUCACAACUGAGAAGCUGGAACUAGAGAUUUCUGGCUCUAAUUGAAUGUCAGGCAAUGUAACAAAUAGGUCACUACAGAAAAAAUUGGUCGACUCAUCAAUUAGGUGAUUCACAAAAAAACCUAACCACGUUAUCAAUUAUAAAAGUAGUUGUUAAGCCAUUUAACAAGGAAAUAUGCUGAAAACAUGCUGGUUGCAGCCUCUUAAAUACAAGUAUUUGCUGCCUUUGGAAUUUGAUAACAUCAUAAACUGACAUUUUAUAGACUAAACAAUUAAUCAAAAAAAAAAAAGAACAAUCAACGAAGUAAUCAGAAAUGAAAAUUAGCCAGUUAUUUCCUCAAAGAAUUGAUUAAUCAUUUGGCCCAAAAAAUGGCAGAGGACAGUGAAAAGUUACCAUCACAGUUCACCAGAGUCCAAGGGGAGGUUUUCAGAUGGCUUAUUUUGCCUGAGCAGCAGUUCCGAAUAUGCGGGUUACAGUCGCAUCAGUAACAUCAAAGACCAGAUAACCUCUCACUCUCUGCAGCUGAAUACUGCUCUGAAAUUCCUCUCCUGUUCCAUGGUAUAAUAUUUUGUGCAACUGUGAAGCACCUUGUGGCUCUGGUUUUGAAAGGUGCUAUGGAAAUGAAUUUUGCUUAAAUACACAAUAUAAAAUACAAUAAAAAAUGCAGCAAAUCAGCCAAUUUAAAUAGUCAAAAUAAGUUGCUUUUUUUUUUUUGUUAUUUGACAAAAUUUAGAGUGAAAGUUAUUGUUGGCUGCAUUAAAUGGGUGCCAGCCUGACUGCAGAGGAGGCAACACUCUUUUGGACCUAUUUACUGCAGGCAAUCAAGGUGCUUCAACUUCUUGAUCCGAAAUGCUGGAAAAGUCGCAAAAAGUCAUAUUUUAAGUAAUGUACCACGGGUAUGUCCUAGUGGAGGUGUGGAGAGGACAUCAUGUAUCCUAGAUUUUUAUUUACACCAAAGACUGUUUUGUAAGUAGACCAAUUUUACUUCCCUAGUACUUUUUCUUCAGUUUGUGCCUGAUGGGUUAGAGCUCCAUGUGUAUAGUAGAUUACCCGGAGCCACAUUACCUAGCCAAAUAAUUUGUCAAGAAAUAAAGAGAUGAAAAAAAUCAACUCACUAUAUUGCUGCUGAGAGCUCUGCAUAAUCUAAACCUUAUAAAAUAACCUGAGGCUUAUUUUUUAGGUUACUGAGCCUAUUUAUUUACAGUGUGUGUCUUCGGACAGUGCCUAUUUUUACAUAUGUUGUAGUUAUGAAGGAGAACCAGCUGGUGGCAGUACGUGUUCACAGCUGACGUUACACUUCAUAGUACAAAUGUGAAAUGCAGAUAGACUAUGACCUUUGACAGUGAUAAUUAUAAUUACAAGUAAGAAAAACUGCAUUUAAUCAAGUUUUUUUUUCAGUUCUUCCUCUGCUUGAAAGUAUCAACAGAUUGACACUGCUGACUGUGAUAUGCUGCGCACCAAAAUGCCUCAUAGAUUUAUAUCUCAUUUCUAGAUAUUGAAGCUCUAUAUUUUUUGCUGCAUAUUAAAGGGAAAAUAUAUGGCAUCCCAUUACUUAUGAAUGUCUGCCAGUGAGUCUUUUCAUUACAAUCUAUCAUCUUAAUUCAGUGUAUUUUUUUCUGCCAUGACAUAGGAUUUUUGCCAUCACUGUUUUAUUAUGGCUACUAUUGAUUUGCUAUUAUCACUGCUGCUUAGUUCAAACAUGCUUGAAUAAAUGCUGUUUCC